CUGUGUGGCUUGUUUGCUCAUCAGCUGCCAAGUGCCAGAGUCCCCCAGUAUCACGAUCAAGACCUACUUGGCGCAAGAAGAGCUGAAAACCAGUUUCCUUCUGCCCAAAAACGGACGGUUGGUGGUCAUCACUCCAAGCAGCACACAGUUGCAUACAAGAUGGUUGCACAAAGUCGCAGGCGGCGCACAAUCGGGCACUUGAACGGGUCCAGGCCAUGCUCAUUUGUCACAAAUUUUGCCGACCCCGGAAAAUGCGGAGUAUUUGCAGGAGUGCCAAACAACGGUGUAUCACCUGUAUCACCUCAGACCGAGAAAGAGUCCCCUCAAGAUAAUGCUCCCUCAGGCGCCCAAGGUCCCGAUCCAGACAACCUCUCCGACGCCACAUGCCAAACCUUGAGGACCACUUCCUUCUACUACUGCUGCCUGAACGACCAAGUCCGUAUUUAUGGCGCCCUUUCCUCCCUGCGUGCCCAAGACCCUGUCUCCAGUGGCUGUCCCAACCAUCUCUCUGUCUAAAACAAACUUCAGCUUUGGAAUCAUCCCGUUCAUGGACGGCGGAUUGGGGCCAAAAGCCCAAUCCUAGGCUCCAUUUCGGCCUAGUGAUAAUACCCUCUGAUCGCGGCCAGAUUCUCGAUGCUCAGAUAUCACGGUGGGUACGUCGACGCCUGGGUAUCUCGAUGCCCGAGGAUGAUGGCGUGCCCCCGGUGGCUGUCCGUAUGGUGGGCGCCACGCCAGAACUGGAGGCAUAAGCGACAACUUCCCUCGGAAGAAUAUCAGCCUAUCUACUCGUUAGUGACAGCGGGGGGAAUUGCUAACUUGACAGUCUAGUCAAACCCCAGAACAUCACCUUAGGUCCAGGGUUGGCAUGUGGCACUCACCAGGACCAUGGGUCCUGGAGCCCUGGGAGGGGUUGAUAUUGCUGCAGUCCUGGAUUUCAUCUCCAUGAUCUCCCGAGACAUUGAUCCUACGUCAUCUUAUAUGUCUUCCCCCUGCUCACUCGAGGUAUAUUGCGGGUAUCCUUUGUAUAGUGGUCAGCGUCUCCACCAGGUACUCUUUGACUUACAGUAUUAGUCUCGAAGGAAGUCGGCCCUUGCCUUCUUCCACGCACUUCACCCCAAGCCAUCACUCUUUCUCUCUGUAUUCGGAUAACAUUCAUUGCUUCCUUCUAGCUGAGGUCAGCUUGGUGGACGACCGCACACGGCUUAUAUACCCUCCUCCCUAAGAUCGCAGUAUCAGCGAAGUAUCUCUCUACCUCGCUCAUCGCAAUCCCUUGGAGCCGCUGAUGGCCUCAUCUUCGCCGACGAUGCUCACGCCAGAGCUCACGCCCUCUCAGUCUGUUGCCUCGUCCCCUUCUUUACCGCCAACACCAGACCCGCGUCCGCUGGAUCUUGUCAUAGCCAACUACAACGAGUGCUUGACAUGGCUCUCAACCUAUUCUAGCCUCGCGACAGUCUACAGCAAGGGUAAACUGCCUCCUGAUCUGUCAAUCUUCCGAGAAGUCAAGACUCUGCCCAACUGGGGACGAGAGUCCCAUACCUAUCUCCACCACAUCGUCCACAACUACGAUGACCUUGCGGAUGUCACGUUGUUUCUGCAGGGCAACAUCCACGACACGAACGAUGGCACACCGGCGCACACAGACCUCACCUUGCAUGAGAUCGUCGGGAUGGCCAAACGGUUGACAGAUCUACCUGACUUCCUCGGUGCAGGUAUUUACGCCCAGAACCAACCUCGAGGUGGUGUGCUACCGCUCGGCAAAAUACACACCUUCGUCGACUGGGACGGUGUCAGAUACCUGCCCGGCUGGAUCGAGCGACGCGGCAAAGGACUUCGAUGUAGCCAAUACUCGCCGGAGCAAUUUUGGAACUACAUCUUCAACGGGACUACGGACGAGAAGGAUCCCAGAUGGGUCACCCCGCCCGCCGAGAUCAGAUGGACACAAGGAGCCUUGUUCGCAGUGACCAGACAAACCAUCCAACGGCUUCCCAGAGCAGUCUAUGAGCGAGCCUACAGCUACUUCCACUCCCUGGCAGACGUCAAUCCGGAGGAAGGUCACUAUAUGGAACGGUUCUGGCUGGGCCUCUUCGGCCAACACGGGGUCGAUAAUCAACAGCAUGGGCUUUACGUUCCUCGACCUCUGAAAGCGUCGACUGGGGAGGCCGGGACUCUGACUGCUGAAGAACACGGCGCUGGCGUUGUUGAUGAAGGCAUCUUCAUGCUGUGACGAAUGCGAUGCGUUCUGGUUCUAUAGAGCCAAAGGGCAUUCCGCUGCUGGCGAUCCAGGGGAAAGUACCCUUGACACUAUAGCCAGAGAACAAUGACACAGGUCUGGGGGGAAGGGGAACCAGCUAAUGGGCCAGACCAUACAUGUAUAUCUCGCCGGGGGGGGAAUAAUUGCAUUGCGCAGCUGAGGGAUUGGUUGGAACGGUGGCACUCUUCUACUCUCUCUGGGCUGGCAUGUACAUACAGCCUGUUGACUUCCGCAUGUUUUAACGGCCCCCUGUAUUCUUGCAGGUUUUUUUAUUCCACUGGCUUCUUGAGCGACACUGGGCAGCUGGCUGGCUUCCUGGUUGGCGGUUUCC